CAUAUCUUCCGGACGUGUUUACCGCAUCCAACAUCCAAAAAUACCCAAAAACAAAAAGUAUGUGUCUAUUUUUUCUGCUUGAGGAAACUUUUUGUACUUCAGCACUAUCGUUGGUUUAUGUUUGGGUGGAAAACGUUGUUCGUGUCUCGGUUCUAGAGUUCAUGACUCGUUACGUGCUUAUCCUUUCAAAUCAAAUUCAGUUGUUUCAGUCAAAGUCGAAGUCGAAGUCAAAUCGCCAGUCGCGUGCUGACUGUCAACCGGUUAAGUUGAGUUGUCGUGAUUUUUGAAAAAAUUUAAAUAAAAAAUAAAAAAAACGUCGUCCUUAAAAGGAUAAAUUGUUGACGUAGCGUAAUAAAGCAAAUGCGAUAAGGAAGAAUCCUUCUACAUAAAUAUAUAUAUAUGGUUGGUGCCUCCCCUGCUUUUUUAAUGUAUCCCCAAAAUAUAUUUUCAAUAAAAUCUGAUUAAAUUAAUAAUUCACAAAAAUCACUCAAGUGGCAGCUCGAGAGCUGUUAAGAAAAUAUUUGUAUUUUUUUUUAAAUUUUUAUUUAAGAUUUAAAAAUAGCUCCAUUAUAUAAAUAAAAUUAAAAAUAUUGGCAAUUCAAUUGAUGGAGUGUUAAAGAAUUGAUUUAUCGGUGGGUGGCAUGGCGGUGCCAGAGAAAGAGUGUGUGUGUGUGGUUUAAAUUAAAUUCUGAUCUGAUUUUGAAUUAAAAAUAAGAAAUUUAUGCGCGAUGUUCUCCGGGGUUUAAUUUUAUCUAGUGUGUUUUCUGUUGUUCUGAUAAUGCCGCGGAUGUGGUGUUUUUUAAGCGACUUCAGCUAGAACCACGUAUCGUCCGUCAUCCGUUGACGAAGACGGAGACGACGCGACGGUGUGGUGGAAGUGGUGGUGUCGUCGACUACGACGUCGACGUUGAAAGCUUGUGGAGUUGGCUUUUUUCCCCCGAUAAGACGUGCUCUGCUUGUAAAGAAAUACAACAACAAAAUAAAGAUAAAGAAAAAGUGAAAUAUGUUGCGUGAAUAAAAAAACAUCAAAAGAUGAUUUCUUAUUACAAACUCGUGUAUAUUAAAUCAGAGUCAGAGAAGUGCUGAAUUGGAUUCAGAUUCAGAUUCAGAUUUGGAAUAAGAGUUUUUAUGGCUGUUGGAUGGAUGAAAUGAUUGAGGAUUGUUGGAAGAAAUGGAAUGGAUUAUUUCUUAUGAUGACGUGAAUUUAAUUUUUGUAUACAAAUAGGUAUAUCGAUGCAUAUCCUGUGAGCUGAAAAAAAAAAUAGAAACAGACAAAAAGUAAAUAAACAUUAAGAGCUCUUCUGGAACUCUUAAAAAACAACAACAACAACAACAAAAAUACACUAAGGAAAAUAAAAUUAAACAACAAAAAAAAAUAAAAUUCAUUCAAUGAGGCAAAAAGUGAAUAAAAAAAUACAAAAACAAUGUUUCUAGCUUUAAAUCAAAUUUGGCUUUCGUCCAAACGAAAAAACGACCUAAACGACCUGCAGCCUCAGUCUUCUCAUUCUCAUUCUCAACUUCAACCUCAACCUCAACACGAAUUGGAACACGAACACGAACGUGGACCCCAAGUCCAACAUAGCACUACAACUUCACCAUCAACAUCAGCAUCAACAACGGUAUUUGAAAGAUCCACUGCGAUGGCGACAGACAAGCAAUUGCGAAUGGGGUCGAAAAUGUCCUUCCCUUCAACAACAACUUCCGGUCGGGCUAAUGCGCUGAAUGCGGCCACCAUUGCUGAUUUUCAUGGACCAAAAACGAAAAGUGAAAACAAAUACCACCAUCAUCAUGUCCACGAGGGUGGAGGUGGAGGUGGAAUAGGAGGCGAAAGUGGUGAUAUUGGUGAUGUCGGUGAUGGUGAUGCUGGUAGCGAUGACACGAACUUGGAAUCCAGAAUCCACCUAUUGAAAAUAGAUGCUUUGAAUGUUGGUCGCGUCUCGUGCCAAUGCAAUAGCAAUGGCAAUAGCAAAUGUGUAAAUAAGGACUCUGAUAAAAUAGCCGCUGGAAAUCGAAAUCAAAAUCAAACUCAAAAUCAAAAUCAAAACCAAAAACAAAAUCGAAAUAGCGCAAAUGUUGGUGUCAAAGUUUUUGGAGGAAUUGGAAGUGGAAAUAGCGUCAACGCCAACGCCACCGCCACCGAUGUUGUCAGUUCGCAUUUAUUCCUGGGCGCUAUUUUACUAUGUGUAGCAUCGAUGGCGGUGAUUUUAUAUUCACAUGUGAACAGUGAAACAGAUGUGUUAUGGUUUAGGGAGAAUUUUCGCAAUGAACUGUUAGAAAAUAAGCAAGAACUACGAUCGAUUGUGAUGCAGAUAAUUAGGGAUAAUCAAGUCCUGCUGAGUGACAGUAGCAGUAGCCGUAGCAGUGGCAGUGGCAGUGGAAGUGGAAGUGGAAGUGGCAGUGACAGCAGCAGUUAUUACUCAUCUCAUCCCACAUUGAAUAGGAAAUAUGAAAGCACAACGCUGCCUUACGAUGAUGCUACUGCAGCUACAACCCAACUUGUUAAGAACGAGCGAAAGUACUCGAGUAGCUUCGCCAGACGAAAACGCAGAGAUAUCGCCUCCUCCUCAAUGCAUGCUGAACCAUUUAUUGAAUUCUUCAAUCCAAAUCAUCGUAAAGUUCUGGACGAGCAAGAUGUUGAAAUAAGAAAGCGAACUGGACUUAAAGGUGCAGCGCCAGGUGGUGAUGAUUGGAUUUAUUUGAACACUUACUGUCGAGUGCCGGAAAAAAUCAUUACGGGAUUUUGCAAAGGCACUCAAGAUUAUUGUCCACCUAGUCCGCGAGGACCACCAGGACUGCUUGGACCCAAGGGGCCUGUCGGUCCUCCUGGCUUACCAGGAAUACCCGGUCCGAAGGGAAAUCGUGGUGAUGUUGGAAUACCAGGACCACCAGGAGUUGACGGAAUGGAAGGACCACCUGGUGCUAGGGGACCUAAAGGAGACAUUGGUAUUCCGGGUGGAUCCGGGCUAGAUGGUAGAGAUGGUGUACCAGGUGAACCUGGUUUGGAUGGUGUUCCAGGUAGAGCUGGUAAAGAUGGAAUUCCCGGAAAGGAUGGCAAAGAUGGACAGCCUGGUAGAGACGGACGAGAUGGUUUAAAUGGAAAAGAUGGUGCUCAAGGACCAAAAGGAGCUUCUGGGCCACCAGGAGAAAGAGGAUUGAAAGGAAUUGCUGGUCCUCGAGGACGUACGGGAAAACCUGGCACUAAUGGAACACCUGGAAUUCCGGGCAUAAAUGCAUGGAAAGUUAAAGUUAAUGGGACCUAUUCAAGUGAGCUGCUCAUUCCGCCAUCGAUUGCAGAUAUCAAUGCACCUGAUAUCCAAAGGACCAUCAUCGUUGAGGAAGGGAAGAACCUCCGUUUGGCUUGUGCUGCACACGGAAACCCCCAGCCGCAUGUCGAGUGGCGUCGUGGCGAUGGUCGAACUAUUGCUCUCGAGAGGGAAGAGUUAUCUUCAGUAAGCGGAGAAACAUUACAGAUCAGCAAUGUCAGCCGCAAUCACAUGGCGCCCUAUACCUGUUUUGCAGACAACGGAAUACCGCCAGUGGCAAAUGCCACAUUCCUCGUCGAAGUACAUUUCUCACCGAUGAUAGCCGUUUACAGGCAACUUGUGUUUGCAUUAGAGGGUGGCAGUGCAACGCUGGAAUGUCAGGUUGAAGCCUUCCCCGAAGCAAUCCGAUAUUGGGAACGUGUAUCCGAUGGUAAACUGCUUGAUCCUGGUGAAAAGUAUCGAAUCGAAACAUAUCCUGAUGGGUAUAAAACAACUAUGCGUUUAACAAUUAACAAUCUGAACUUUAUGGACUUCGGGCAGUAUUUUUGUGUGGCCAAAAAUGAACUUAACACAACUAUGGCAUCGUUCGAAAUAAUAAAAAAAAAUCCAGCUCUCGAAACACCAAUGAUACGUAAUGAACUGAAGGUCUUCGGUAGUAAGCCGCCAGAAAGUUCUUGUCCGCCACCACCAGUUUGCAAUGAAUGUCCUGAUCCUAGUGAAUAUCAGUGCAAGGAUGAUAUCAGUUCCAAUUUCGAUAUUCAACCAACGGCCAAUUACAGUUAUCCUGGAUUACCAAAACGAGAAACAAGUUGUCUUCUCUAUGCAGUUGGUAAGCCCGUUUUCCAUAAAUCUAUCGAUGAGACCUAUGGAUCUUGGCUAAAGGAUGCCGCCGCUAAGCCCAGGGACAAAGAGAAAAUAUAUGUAACCAGGGAGAACGUAACGAAUCGUCUGUAUGAGUUCUCCAAUAAAAUGGAAUAUCGUGGAAGCAGCCUUUCUAGCAAAUAUUAUGAGAUAAAAGAAGGAUUUAUGGGAAACGCACAUGUAGUCUUCAAUGGAUCUUUCUAUUACAAUCAGGAAAAUACCGAAAUCGUUGUCAAAUUGGAUUUGGCAACUUUGAAGAGAACAACAGCCAAACUACCCCACACAGGACUAUCCACCGGAAAUAAGCUGUACACGACCAACUACAACUACAUGGACUUCAAUGUGGACGAUGUAGGGCUAUGGAUUAUAUACAGUACAUACGACUCGAAUAAUACCCUCGUGGUUAAGUUGGACGCAGAAAGUCUGCAAACCCAAUACAGCUGGAACAUCACAUUGGAUCAUCAUAAAUUCGGUGAGAUGUUCAUUGUGUGCGGGGUAUUGUACGCUAUUGAUUCUACGACAGAAAGGAAUUCCCAAAUUCAUGUUGCUGUCGAUCUUUAUAAUGGGAAAUUGAUAAAAGUCGACUUGCCAUUUUCGAAUCCUUUCCGAAGGACCACCACUGUUGGAUACAAUCGACAUCUUGGGGAAUUGUACUCUUGGGACAAAGGCAAUCAGCUUACCUAUCCAAUCCGAUACAACGAACAGACUGUCGAACCGGACGACAUUAAUAGCAAGCACAGCGAUUUUAUCAAAAAUUUAUAAAAGAAAAAACAUUAAAUUGAAUAAAAAAAAUAAAUAAAAUCGUAGGAUUUGAAGGAUGCCAUCAGAGAAAAAAAAGGAAACAACAAAAAACAGACCGGAAACGUGCGUUGGAAAUAUGAUAACUAUGUAAUAAAUUUAACAAACAAAAACAAAUUCAUUUUGUGCAAUAUAUAAAUGUAUUUUAAUCUUUGUAUAAUAUCCGAGCAGGGUUGGAGAUUUGGGGGGUAUAUACGAGUGUAUAGCCUAUCACACAACAGAUAAAAUGAAAAUA